CUCUUACACAAACUUUUCUAUUUACGUGAUCUACUUUAGCCGUGGAGGAACGGCUUGAAUCAAUUUUGGUGAUAUAAGCACAUCCAGCCAAAAGAGUUGAUAAAUUUAAUAAUAUCUGCAUGGUUUAAAAGUCAUAGAUAUGGAUCGUCGGAAAAUUUCUUCGUUUAUCGGUUUGAUUCCGGUGCUGUUGGUCGUGUUUUUCGCGGUUUGCUCGAGCGCGAACGCUCAGUACCAACCCAACUGGAACUCGAUUGACUCGCGGCCCCUGCCCGCCUGGUACGACCAGUCCAAGUUCGGUAUCUUCAUCCAUUGGGGGGUUUUCAGCGUACCGAGUUUUUCCUCCGAGUGGUUUUGGGAGGAUUGGAAGGGCAGUAACCCGCAUCCUGAUAUUGUCAAGUUCAUGGAGGACAAUUAUAGACCUGAUUUCACAUACGCCGACUUUGCUGCCAGUUUCAGGGCCGAAUUCUUUGAUCCUAAUCAAUGGGCAGAUAUUCUAAAAGCAUCAGGAGCAAAGUAUGUAGUACUGACCAGCAAGCAUCAUGAAGGAUUCACAAACUGGCCUUCAAAAUAUUCCUGGAACUGGAACUCAAUGGACGUUGGACCAAAAAGAAAUCUUGUCGGUGAUUUGGCUGCUGCCGUAAGGAACAGAACUGACAUUCACUUUGGACUCUACCAUUCACUUUAUGAGUGGUUUAACCCUCUGUAUCUGCAAGACAAGGCUAAUAACUUCACCACCCAGGAGUACUGUGAGAAAGUACUAUGGCCUGAGUUGAUGGAGAUCGUAAAUACAUUUGAGCCUGAUGUUCUUUGGUCUGAUGGAGACUGGGAAGCCCCCGAUACCUAUUGGAACAGCACAGAGUUCUUGGCCUGGCUCUACAACUCAAGCCCGGUGAAGGAUAAAAUAGUGACCAAUGAUCGAUGGGGUGCAGGCGAUAAAUGCAAGCAUGGUGGAUACUAUACCUGUCAGGAUAGGUACAAUCCUGGUACUCUGCAGAAGCAUAAGUGGGAGAACUGUAUGACCAUUGACAAGGUAUCCUGGGGAUUCAGACGCAACGCUCCACUCGCUGACUACCUGGACAUGGAUGACCUCAUUGAACUACUCGCCAGCACUGUCAGCUGCAACGGUAAUCUCCUCAUGAACAUUGGCCCGACGGCAGAUGGUCGCAUCGUACCCAUCUUCGAGGAGCGUCUAAGGUCCAUGGGUGAUUGGCUGAAGGUCAACGGAGAAGCCAUCUUUGAAACCAGGCCUUGGAGGGCUCAGAAUGAUACCGUCACUGAAGGAAUUUGGUACACCAACAAGACUACGGCUACCUAUGCCAUCGUACUGGACUGGCCAGCCGACAACCAGCUUGUACUCAGUGUCCCCAUACCCAGCUCCCAGACCAGCCUCUUCAUGUUGGGGUACAACCAGCCCCUUAAGUGGUCUGGUAUUGCCUCUAAGCCUGGUAUCACUGUUACCAUGCCCCAGUUUACCCCUGACACCUUGCCCUGUGAGUGGGCCUGGGUGAUUAAGAUGAAGAUGGUGCAGUAAAGGAGUAUUGGGGAGGGGGAUGAGUGAUGAGAUGGGGGAGGGGUGGAUAAAUGAAAGGGGGGGGGUCAUAGUUUCUUGAUGGCAUAAUGGUUACAGUGUUGUUAUCACUUUUUUUCUGCCAUCAUACCGGUUAUGCCAAUGAAAGUAAAGCAGGGGCGAUGGAGAAGGA